UCAAUAGGCUCUACAUCAAAGGUUCAAAGAAAGCAAUUGGCCGAAAAUGCUGAUUUAACCUUUAGAUAUCUUUCACAUGAACUUUUUUGUCUUGAAAUUGGUCUUGAUGACCAUGGUCCAAAUGAUACUAAAGAAUUGAACGAAAGUUCAAUUAAAGCGCCACUGAUGAUGAAAAACUUCUGCCUUCAUCUAAAUUAUCUAAAUUCUCAAUACAAGAUGAACCCGAGUAACAUCGAUACUAUGAGUACUAUAGUCAGUAGAUAUAAUAUUAAAGCUUUGGGCCUGUCAUUUGAUAAUGGAUCAAUAUCACUUCUUUCUAUCUCUGAUAGACUUCAUAUGCCUGAAACUGUUUCUGAAAUACCACGUCUACUUCCUCCUGUAUUAAAUUUCGUCUACAAUUUAAACAGAGUGCUGAAGUCAACUGUUGAUCAAUUGAAGGACAUGAAUUCAUCUGUUUUCAUCGAGCCGGAAACCAAGUUUUUUCUUCCCCUUUCCUUCGUUCCUGUUACCAACGCAGCUAUAAAUAAGAAGAGAAGGCCAGACGAAGACCACUAA